GCAUAAAUCAAUCAGAGGAGCCAGAAAUACAGAUUUAUAUAGUUGUAGCUCACUGUCUCUUGCUUAGCUCCUUUGGGAGGGAGAGUGGGGGUGAAAAUCAAACAAAACAAACAGAUAAAAUAACUGCAGCUGCCUUCCUGGCACAGACAGAGCUUUCAGACCAGUUCUGUGGAAUUUCACUUUUUGAGCCCUUCUCUCUAUAUAAAGGGGAACAGCAGCAGAGAAAGAGUUUUCCUCUCUCCUACAUCAAGCCAAGUUAGAAUUGCUGAAAAGUGGAAGGUAAGAGGCUGCUUUGGAUUCAGAGUGUUUUUAUUGUGAUCAUUUUCUUCCAUUUCUCCCCUGUUAUUCCUCUAAGGAGCUCAGGUACCUUAUUCUUCUCCAUCGUCCCAUUUUACCCUCACUACAAUCCUGUGAGGUGAGUUUGGCAGAGUGAGUCUUUCUAGGGGUGGAUGAAUCUGUCAAUUCUGGUUUCUCUUAGUUUUCUGGUCUUCUGUUCUCCACAUUUCUGCAUCAGUGUGCAAUUUUAGUUUAUUUUUUGUAAAUUCCCAUGAAAAUUCGGCAGAAUUUCAGUGCAAUUUUUUAUACACCGUUUUGCAUGCAGUUUCCCCAUAUAUAAUACAUUUUUGCAUGUUAUUUUCACUAAUAUAUGCAAUUCCCCUAACAUAUGCAUUUUUUUAUUACACUUUGUUUGGUUGGAGAACUUCAAUGCAAAAUUCAGAGGUACAAAAUUCAACAGGGAGCUGUGAUUUGAUUAUUUAGGGGAAGUGCAAAUUAGGCAGGUUCACAUCAAAAAUAGGGCUGUACACUGGAUUUGGCAGAAGUCUGAAGUCUGACGCUUGAACUGAAUCAGGCCAAUUUGGUGAGAUCUUUACUUUGGUCACAUCAAACAGCCCCCUUGGCUGAGCCUCCCAGAGUGAUUUGAGGCUGUCAAGGGUCAAGGCAUUGGGCAGGAAGAAGGAAGUUUGGCUGUGCAUGCCUGUUCAGUCAAAAUGAGCAGUCUUGCCCCAGUGAGCAACUUUGCCACUGAAUUCUGCACCAGCUGUUUUGACUAAUAAAUUUGCAUCUGCCUUUAGUAUGUCAAUAUAAUAGAGCCUCUGCAUGUUGUAAGGGGUCAUUAUAUACAUAGAAUUCCCCAUUUUUUUGUUUGAUUCUGUCUAGUAUCUCUCUCUUUUGGAGUAGGAGUGGGUUAAGUCUCCAAGUAGAUCUCUGUUUUGUUUCUAGUUGGUCGUGCAGGGUAGCAUCUCGCGUACUGGGACCAGAGAUUACUAUUGGUCCCAUUGAAACCUGCUUAAUAUUUGCAAUAAAAUCCAAUGAACUUAUUAAAUAACCAGUUCUAUUAUAUGAGCUAUUACGGUUUGAAAAGAAAGAUUAAGAAUCCUCUAGUGGAUUUAGCAAGGUUCAAAAGACAUUCUAAAUUACCUGGAUUGUAUACAGAGGAGCGCCUUAAUUUUCCCCUCCAAUCUAGUUUCCAAUCUAGUGGCCAGUUCAGGUCUCCAUCUGAUAACAAUUGGCCUUCCUAAAAGUCUUUUAAGGUAUUUAACUGGCCUGAGCACACCCAGCUCCAGGAGGACAAAUGGCUGGUAGUUUAAUUCUUUAAUUCUUUAUCGACUAACCACAAAUUUACAGUAGCUCCUGAGGUGCACUAAGCGCACAUACACACACACACGCGUGCAUAAUGAACCACAAACACUUCUGGUACCUAAGUAGCUGUCGCACCUCCCUGGGCUUAUGCUCUGAGCUGGAGUGUUGGAGCAACAAUUGGCCACUCCUACACUUAGACUUAAGUACCCUUGCCUGACCACCACCCAGUUUUUAAUAGAACCUCAAGCUACACCAACCACAGCCAGCUGCAAAAGACAUACAGUCAGAAUUAAAAGAACAGGGUGCUUACUGUAUAAGCACAUUAUGAACCUAGGGAUUUGUUUUCAGUACCUGAACUGAGCUGAGCUCACAGUCCUUUCUGGCGGAAGUCCCCUCCUGGCUAUCUUUCUUCAUUUCAGCAGCCCAUUUAGGGAUGGGUGGGAAAUUAUUUUGUUAUUGCAGUUAAGCAAUCAGAAGAGAGGAGCCCCUUGCCCUUCCACUGCAUAUCUGGCAGAGAUCUACCUUUUUUGGUCCACUGCUGCUAUAUGGGCCUUUGGAGUUCUUGCAAGAAACAAAGUCCUUUUCCAUCACUGCACCUCCAUACUGGGAAAAGCUGCUGCUGUUGAUUUUUGUUAUAGGUGUAGUGCCUACUUCAGCUCAAAGGUUAUGUUUCUUCAAAAAUCUCCAUCAUUGCUACCAUAGCUUUCUGAAUCGAGAAAACCCCGGUCCUGAAAUCAUGUUUAAUAUUUAUUCUAAAAUUCCUUGUUUUGCAGCCAUGGCGAUGCUGAGGCUCCUCACCCUUCUGGCUGGUUUGACGCUCCUGAGUGGUGAGUAACCUGGGAUCAGAUCCCUUUUCCUCUUCAGGUUACACAUGCAGUUAUCAGUAUGCAUUGUUAGGCAGCACAGCAAUGAGGAACCUGAUCACGCUCCAUAUAUUUACUGGACUACAACUCCCAUCAUCUCUCACCAUUUGCCAUGCUGGCUGAGGCUGAUGGGAACAGGAGUCCAGUAACGUCUAGAGGGGUCACAGGUUGCCUAGACCUAAUGGCCAAAUUACAUCCCACAUUAAAUACAGUAUUACACAUUAACUCAGAAAAAAGCAAGCUAUGGCCUUCACUGCAAUUAGUAAAAACAGAUGCACCACAAUGAGAAUCAAAAUAUUUUGUAGAAAGAAGCCGUUUUAUCAAGAUGCCUCCCUCCCUACAUCACCCUUAUCUCUGCUGAAUGCAUUUGUUUAAUCACUACCAGAAUUCCGCAAAUAUUGUGAAAUCUAUUCUUCCACUGAAAACCUUUGAACAGUUUCCUGGCACUGAGUAAUCCGCUGUAGCCACUGGAUGUACCUGAAUCUGGCCACAACUUAAGCACAUACAGCAGUGGCCUGUUUUAUUUGCUUCACUUCCCAUAAACACUCCACGGUGAUUUAACAACAAUAAUAAGCAGCAACAAUUUCAAGUCCAGUACAGAGACUGACUGCAAUGGGGUGGAGAGAGAGACUGCACUGGAAAAACUUGCUGGAACAAGAAGCUCUCCAAUAGGCCCUAAUGAGACAAUAGAGAUGUUUGUCUGAUAGGUAACAGGAGUGAGUUCAAGACGGUUGGUGCCAAAACGGCAAAUGCCCACUUCCUAUAUUAUGUGGUGCAGAGCUUCUGGCGAGAUCUUCUCUGCAAGAGGCCCCCUCUCACAGACCACAAUGACGGGCUGGGUAUAGAAGUGUGAGAGGGGGAGACAAUACACUGGUUUAGCCCACUUACAGCCCCUGGGUGGUAUCCAAUUCACUUGUUCCAUUAGCGCAAGGAUUUACCCUUGUGCAAUGGAACACCCCCUCUCUCCUUGCUCUGAACCUGUGCCUUCCCCAAAUCUGCUCAGGAGGGUUCAGGGAGCCCCUAACAAAUUUAGGUGAGGUUGGGAGGGGGGGAGAGGGAGAACCUUCCAUUGUACCCAGCAGCAGUGCAUGCACAGUCGUGUGUGAGGAGAACCAAAACUCACAGGGUUAAUAGCUCAUGGAGUGAUGUCCUGUCCAUGGGGGUGUGCACAUAUGGGGUUUUGAUGCUUUGUUAUGUGAGCUGAGAUUACUUUUGUUUUUGCUAUGAGGGGAGAGACAGCAUGUCUGCUCGCUCUCCCGGACUGCUGAUUUAUUUUCUCUGCUAUAAAUAAAGCUUCUUAGAUUAGAAAGAAGCUGUGUACGGAGUGUUUUUCUGCACGUCUGAGAUUCCUCCACACAAAGCACACACCGCUGAUCGCAACACUCUGCUAUACGUCCGGAGCAGAACUGAGGAGCAGCUGAAGCGUGCCGGACUUUCAAUUCCACAUCAUGCACUUUUUUUAGAGGAAGAAAUCACGAGGACAGAAUCUAGUCAGUCAAUGCCCAGCCACCCCCCCCCUUUUUGCAAAAGGGGUGACCGACAUUAGUACAAAAGCAAUUAAGAUGUAUAUGCAUUCCUCACUUCAGCUGCUGGGUGUUCCCUCUCUCUCUCUCUCUCUCUCUUUUCUAUAGCUUAGGAAACUGCACAUAGAGCACCCAUAUUGCUCCUGCUUCUUUCUCAUGUGCUGAUGAUGCACAUACAGAACAUUCAUAUCCAGACUGGGGAUGCAUUUAUUUCUGAAUCUGCACCCUAUUUUUAAAAAGACAAGCAACAACAACAAUGCAAUUUAUAGCCUGCCUUUCACCAGCGGGUCCCAGGGCAGGUUGCAAGAAUCUAAAAUUCAACAUUAAAACACUUAAAACAAACCAGGAACAGGUGAGUGCAACCAAAGGAAGCAGAGAUGUUUUUCCACAUGCAUUGGCUGAAAGAAUGAGUUCUCACAAAUAGCAGGGUUUUUUCCUCCCCCCCCCGCCCACAUCAGUUGAUGGGGAGGUGAGAAAGAAUCACUUUUCCAGUCCCAUGCUGGGCAUUUUCCAAAGCACUGAGCAUAGGGUUGGCAAUGCCGCUUUCACUGCACUCCCCAUGCACAUGGGCGCUUCAGAACCCUGUGCAAGGGAUUUUGACAGAUGGGCAGGACAACUCGCCUGCCAAUGGUGAUGUCAUAAUGACAUCAUAUGAUUGGCAUGUGGGUUUUCUCCUAAUCCAAAGACUAGACUGAAAGAAAACCAAGCAGAACCAGGGAGGUUUUGCUGCAAAGCAGAAUGUGUUGCCGUGGAGCAGAUUUUAGGUCAAAUGUUUUGUGCUUAAACCAAAGGUCUUUUCAAAUGCUGUUGGGCUCAAAUUCCCAUCCAAACCCAGCCAGCAUGUCUAAUCGUCAGGGGCGAUGGGAACUGCAGUCCAACAGCAUCCUUGAUAUAUAAUAAGUUUUCUUUUCAUCUGAUUUCUUUUUUGCUUUGAUAUUUCAUUGCUAUUGUUUUUUUAUAAUAAUUUUUAUUAAGUUUUCCAUUUUAACAAUCCAAUUAGAUCACAUUAAAUAUUCCAGAUUAUACAAAUACAUAUCAUAAAGUCCAAAUAUUUUGCCAAAUUUUAAAUUUUUUGUUGGGGCUUCCCAUGCUUCAAGUUCAGUGGGGUCCAGUCAUCUUAUCUUUUUACUGCCUUGAGUUUCCAAUAGUCCUUUGUUUAAAUCCUCCUGUUGUUAUCCUCCUUCUUUCAUGGCCUCUGAGUUAUUUCCACAGGCAAGUUGAAGUGAACGAUAAUAUACUUCUGCGUGAACUUUGUAUGACUCUCCUUUAUUUUUUUUUGGCAGCUAUUAAGUCUGUUAUUUGCAGUAUGUCCUCACACGCUGAUGUUUACGCCGAUAUUUCAUUGCUAUCGUUUUCCAAAAUCUCUUUGUGAAUUUUAUGUCCUAACCUCUUCAGGUCACGCGAGCGCAAGGUACUAUGGGAAACAAUUUGUCACGGCCUUCAUGCAAAAUUUUGAGACGAGCCGAGCCUCCGAAUCAAACUUUCAGCUGCUCCUCACUGGCCACCACAACCUGACUGAAGUAACUGUGUCAGUGAGUCGACUGGCCUUCCGGAAAAGAUAUUCAGUUGCAGAAGGUGAAAUGGUGCCUGUUCAGAUCCCAGUGACUGCAGAGAUGAAAGGCAGCACCACAUUUGAUCAGUCUGUUCUGAUUCAGGCUGACAAGGACAUUUCUGCUGUCUUACUGUACCGGAAGUUGUAUUCCGUGGCAACCACAGCUCUGUAUCCAUCCCAUGAGCUUGGCACAACCUAUUAUGUCAUAACCCCGUCAAGUACCAAACCGCCCAACUACUUAAAAGAAUUCGCAGUCAUCGCUUCACAGUCUCCUGCCACAGUUCGUAUUUACCUAAAAGGGAAUGUGAUCUUUGGUGGGACAUCAUACGCCGCAGGGACAAGAAUCACAGUUUAUCUCCGGGCAUUCCAGGUUGCCCAGCUGCAAAGCUCAAAUGAUUUGUCGGGCACCAGGAUCGAGUCGUCAACACCCGUGGCCGUCUUGAGUGGGCAUGUCUGUGUGGUGCAAAAUUACCAGUGUGACCAUGUUGUCGAGCAGCUGCUGCCGGUCUCCAGCUGGGGCAGCACCUUUGUCGUCCCCCCGGUGUUUUUCCAGACCAAUCCUGACAUUGUGUAUGUGGUGGCUUCCCAGGACACUCAUGUUGACUAUCAGCUGGGAGCACAGAAAGGCUCUCAAGAUAUGGUGGCUGGUGAAGUUAGGCAGUUUGAGAUCCAGUUCCCUAAUGCCUUUUACAUCUCUGCUAAUGCUGGGAUCCAGGUCCUCUUCUUCUUCACUGGCCUCAAGUCGGGAAACACAGGCUAUGACCCAUUCCUCAUCAACAUCCCAGCCAUAACAACUUAUGGCCUAUCCUACCAUGUUGAUGGGAUAAAGAAUUUUGAGAACUAUGUCGUUAUCAUAGCAAAAAGCUCUGAAACUCAGAGGAUUACCCGAGAUGAGACCGCUAUCACAGGUGUUCAAUGGAGAAUGAUUCCCAGCUCACCUUAUUCAUGGGCUGUAUACAACUUGGGCCCCAGGCAUCAGUCCAUCUCUGUAGCACAUCCUCAAACUCCUUUUGGCGUCUUGGUCUUUGGUGGCCGAAACUAUGAAGGCUAUGGCUUUGCUCCACCACCUUUUGUCUUACCAGGUAAUUUAAGUUUCAUGUUGGGUUUACAUCCUAUGUAGAUGUAUUGGGGUUGGUGGGGAACCAGCUUGCAAGGAUAAUUUCUCCAGGAGAUCCUUAAUCUGUAUUUGCCACCUAUCCAGUAUAAGUUCAUUUUACAGAGAUCUCCUGUGCUAUGGCCAAUCAUCUCUUUGCACAACACAGCCAAUCAUAAAGCAUCACUAUACACAGGUCCCUCCCACAUCUAUCUCCAUGCAGGGGUGAAUGUGUAUAUUUGCGUCUCCUCCAGAAAAGCUCAUCAUAAUCUGGCAGUUUUGCUAUCCCCCCCCCACUUCUUUCUUCUUGAUUGCCUAACUGUAACAUUGCAAAUUUGUUUGUAUAUUUAGAAUAGUUUUUCUAAAAUUUUACUUUUUAGGAAAAACUCGUCACAUAGCAAAUGUAGCAUAAGGUAAUUUAAAACAUCACACUUAAAAAAAAACACCCCUAAAUACAUUAGAAUUAGAAACAAUGAUCUGUCAUAAAAUCACAAUUAUCAACAGAAUAAAAGCAGUAGCAGCUGCAAGCCAAUAACCUGCUAAAAUCACUCCAUAAAAGUGAUAUGUACCUCUAGGGCCCACUGAAAAAAUCCCUGAAAAAACUGCAGGGAUCUCACUUGGAAGCAAAUUCCACUGAUGUGUGGCCACCACCAAGAAGACCCUGCCCCAUAUGCCUAGCAAUUUUAUUUCUGUCACAGGUGGGCACACAAAUGAGUCCUCUGACACAGAUGUAUCAAAGCAUACGUGACUCCCCGAAGUUCUUGGGAUGGGAGUGUUUACAAUAAGAUUGCUUUUCAGUGAUUUUAUUUAUUUGAUGCAUUUCUAUUCCACUUAAUUCUUGCUAUUUCGAAGCAGUAUAUGUAACGGCAACCAUACAUAAAAUGAAGCCAUAAAAGGAUAGCAAAUUAUCAGAAGGGCCUGUGGGUAGCCAUGUUGGCCUGACGUCCCAUUUGAUGGUCCUAUCACUUAAUUCCAAGUCAGCUGACAAUAAAACAACUCAUUCCCUCUUUAAGUGCAUUUAUCUCAGGAUGCGGGUGCCUCUGCGGUCUAAGUCACUGAGCCUCUUGGGCUUGCCGAUCAGAAGGUUGGCGGUUCAAAUCCCCGCAAUGGGAUGAGCUCCUGUUGCUCUGUCCCAGCUCCUGCCAACCUAGCAGUUUGAAAGCACGCCAAAAAAGUGCAAGUAGAUAAAGGUAAAUGGCGUUUCCAUGCGCUCUGGUUUUCAUCAUGGUGUCUCGUUGCACCAGAUGCAGUUCAGUCAUGCUGGCCACAUGACCCGCAUCAUGGUGUCUCGUUGCACCAGAUGCAGUUCAGUCAUGCUGGCCACAUGACCCGGACAAAUGCCGGGUCCCUUGGCCUGAAAGCUAGAUGAGCGCUGGAACUCCAUAGUCACCUUUGACUGGACUUAACCAUCCAGGGGUCGCUUACCUUUUCCCUUUACUUAUCUCAGUUAGCAAAGAUAUCUUGAUAGACCUAUAGACCUGAGAAAUGACUUGAAUGGGUUUUAAUCCUUGUUUCAAUCAGAUUCUGAACUGGCUCCAAUAUCCUGCCCUGAGAACAGCCACUAUGAGUCCUGCGGAAAUGCCUGCCCAGCCACCUGUUCUGACCGAACCGCUCCCGAAACGUGUGAUGACACCUGUGUGCCGAUCUGCCAGUGUGACGAGGGCUACAUCCUCAGUGAUGAAACGUGCAUCCCAGAGGAGAAUUGCAACUGUACCUAUAAUGACAAGAUCUAUGGUCCUGGGGAGGAGUUUUGGACUGAUGAAAGCUGCCGUAGUCGCUGCAAAUGUAACCCCAGAUUAGGGAGGGCUGUGUGCCUGCAGGAUUCCUGUAAGGCCAGAGAGAGAUGUGCCCUAGUUAAUGGGAACUGGGGCUGUCAUACCAUCAGCUAUUCCACCUGCAUAGGAACUGGAGACCCUCACUACACCACUUUUGAUGGAAAGAGAUUUGACUUCAUGGGAACCUGCAUUUAUCAAAUGGCUGGAGUCUGCUCCAAGGACCCCACUCUCACCCCGUUUUUGGUCACGGUGGAGAACAACAACCGAGGUAGCAAGGCGGUGUCCUUCACCAAAGUGGUGACAUUAGAGGUCUAUGGCAUGACCAUCAGCCUGAGCCAAGAGCAUCCACGCAAGAUUAAGGUAUAUAUGCUAGGUGACAAGAGAAGAUUGGUGGAACUGUUGAUUACAUACUUUGCUGUGAGAGGACCAGCUGGUACAAGGGUAGGGAGUCAUUCAUUCAUCACCAAUAAUUCUCCUCCCUCCUCCCUCCACCCUUGCAGACUUGUUUCCCUGGCAACAGUUUAGGGAUGGGAGCUGAAGAAUUACUCUGUGCUGAGUGGCUGCUAUGUUAUAUCUCAUACACAUGCAAUGCUGGAUGUCACUCAGCUCCUAUCUAAAAGUGUCUCUGCAGCCAUCUACAUAGGACCAAGAGGGGAGGAGGAUGAGUUAGCAAGGACCAAGAGGAUGAGUGAGCAUAGGACCAAGAGGAUGAGUGAGCAUAGGACCAAGAGGGGAGGAGGAUGAGUGAGCAGGACUUUGCAGCUGCAAUGCAGCUGAGUGGCCGAAAUGGCAAAGCUGUUUGGGCUGUAGGCAGGAUAGCUACCACCCCUGGCAUCUGGUGCAGAGCCUGACCCGAGGGGAGCACAGUAGAGGAUUUAGGAAGAGAUGGCCAAGUCCGCCUAAAAGCCAGUGGAACAUAGAGGCGCUGCCUUCAUGCAAUAGAUUUGUUUUAACUGUCCAUAGGAGAAAUGUGUUUUUCCUUGUGCCCAUAAUUUUAGCCCUCUCAUCUGGCAACUAAUCUCUUUCACCAGCUUUGAAACCCUGUAUAACAUAAUGCUACAUUUGUAUAUCAGUUAAUCACCAUCCUUUUCUGAUUUAACUGAAAAUCCCUGGACGGUCACUUCCAUGUUUUCCAGGUGAAUGGAGUCUUUGUGGACCUGCCUUUCUCCUACGAAAAUAAACUGAAGGUCUACAUCAGCGGAGUCCAUGGCUUCAUCAAAACAGACUUUGAUCUGAGAGUUAGCUUUGACUGGUACAGUUAUGCCAGGGUCAUUAUUCCCAGCACUUAUGCCAAUGCUGUGUGCGGACUGUGUGGCAAUGCCAACCAGGACCCCAGUGAUGACUUUGCUAUGAAGGAUGGAGCUCAGACAACAGAUGAAAUCCAGUUUGCAGACAGCUGGAAAGUUAAGGAGGUCCCAGGAUGCUCUGCAGGAUGCAGUGACUGCCCAGUAUGCAGUGAGGCAGAGAAGCAGACCUACAAGGGGGACCAGUUCUGUGGGAUCCUCAAGAGAAGGGAUGGGCCGUUCAGGCAGUGCCAUGAGACCAUUGACCCAACACCUUACUUCGAUGAUUGCGUUUUCGACACAUGUCAAUACAAGGGUCAUCAUGACACUCUCUGCAGUGCCAUCAGUGCCUAUGUGACAGCUUGCCAAGCUCUGGGCAUCGAGGUUGAGAAAUGGAGAUCAGACUCUUUCUGCAGUAAGUAUUACUUCCUGAAUCUCAGUUUCAUUUUUGCUCCAGAAAUGAGUGUGGGCAUCCUCUGUGCAGAUAUUCUGCACAGACAGAAUGCAUGGAUUUCAGGGCAUUUCAAGGGACCCAGACGACACGAGAAAUUGGGCAAGCAGAAUCAUCCUGUUGCUCCUUCUACGUGGGGAGCUUUCUUCAAGUGGCUACUGUGAGAGCGGGGUAAAAUUAAUGGCUUGUCUAGCUCCCUAAGCUCUUGGAAAAGGACCGUAGCUCCACAGUAGAGCUUGUCCUUUGUAUAGAGAAGAUCCCAGGUUCAAUUCCCAGCACCUCCAGGUACCACUGGGGGAGAACCGUGCUUGAAAUCCUAGAGUAUUUUUGCCAGUCCGGGUAGACACUGCAGAGCUAGACGGAUCAGUGGACUGGCUCAUAGGAAUGUAAGAAGAGCAUGAUGGAGCCGGCCAAUGGCCCAUCCAGUCCAGCUUCCUGUUUUUGCAGUCAUGCACCUAUGGGACACUCUAAAGCAGGACUUGAAUGCAAUAGCAUCUCCCCACUUGUGAUUCCCAGCAAUGUACACUGUCUCUGUGUCAGGGACUGGGCAGAGGAGAAAUGGUGGAGACUACCACCCCCCCCCCCAAUCUCCCAGAACCCAGCAAGCCUUAAAAGUAGGAGAGCAAAGAGCUCAAAGACAGAGGGCAUGUAGCAGCACCCAUAGAAGUGACAAAUGAGGAAGUGGGAGAGGUGGGGGGAGGGGGGAGAUUCACUCAGGACAACAGCAUUAUCCAAGUGGCUGGGCUUUAUAGCAGCUCUGUGUAAUAGUGAAAUAAAAAAGGACGGUAAGAUACCUUUCCUUUACACCUUCCUGAGCAGCCUGCUGGGAGCCGCUGACAGUAUCCCGACACUCUGACAGUAGAGGUACAAUAGAGCCACAGUGCUUAGUAGCCAUGGCUUGUCAGAUACGAGGCAGUUUGUAUUACAGUCAUACCUCGGGUUGAAGUAGCUUCAGGUUGAGCAUUUCCAGGUUGCGCUCUGCGGUGACCCGGAAGUAACAGAGUGUGUUACUUCUGGGUUUCGCAGCUUGCGCAUGCGCAGACGCUCAAAAUGAUGUCACGCGCAUACACAGAUUGCGUUUGCUUCAGGAUGCGAACAGGGCUCUGGAACGGAUCCUGUUCGCAUCCAGAGGUACCACUGUAUAUUACAAUGGUCAGGGGGAAAGAAAAUAACACACCUCUCUACUCAUUCUCUCCUUCCAGGCUUUUCCUGUCCACGCAAUUCCCACUAUGAACUCUGUGGAAAUGCCUGCUCUGAUACAUGUGGGAGCGUCUCCUCCCCAAUAAUGUGUGAUGCUGCAUGUACCGAAGGGUGUGCCUGUGAUCCUGGAUUCGUGCUCAGUGGAAAUCAGUGCGUCCAUCUUGCAGAGUGUGGCUGUGUGCACCAGGGCAGAUACUACAAAAAGGGAGAGGAGUUUUAUCCCAGUAGCUCCUGCCAGGAGAAGUGCCGCUGCCUGGACAAUGGAGCCACCGAGUGCCAGCAGUUCUCCUGUGGAGCGCAUGAGGAGUGCAGGGUGGAGAACGGCAUCCAAGGCUGUCACCCUGCGGGAUAUGGUACAGCUAUAGCACUUGGUGACCCUCUUUAUAUUUCCUUUGAUGGACAAAGCUUUCGCUUCCAUGGCUCCUGCACUUACACUUUUGUCAAAGUCUGCAGCACAGACCCUCGGCUACAGAAUUUCUCCAUUUUGGUGGAGAACGAGAAGCUUGGAAAUGGACACCUUGCUCAGAUAAGGAAGGUUGUGGUCUCUGUUCAUCAGCACACUAUUGUCCUUGAAAGGGGAAGGAAAUGGAUAGCUGUGGUAUGUAUGGGCCACUCAUAUCAGAUUAUUAUUACUAUUUGAAAUAAAAGGGACGCGGAUGGUGCUGAGGUCUAAACCACUGAGCCUCUUGGUUUGCUGAUCGGAAGGUCAGUGGUUUGAAUCCCCAUGAUGAGGUGAGCUCCCUUUGCUCUGUCCCAGCUCCUGUCAACCUAGCAGUUCGAAAGUAUACCAGUGCAAGUAGAUAAAUAGGCACCGCUCUGUCAGGAAGGUAAACAGUGUUUCUGUGUGCUCUGGUUUCCGUCACGGUGUCCCGUUGUGCCAAAGCGGUUUAGUCAUGCUGGCCACAUGACCCGGAAAGCUGUCUGUGGACAAACGCUGGCUCCCUCGGUCUGAAAGCGAAAUGAAAGCAACACCCCAUUGUCGCUUUUGGCUGCACUCAACCGUCCAGGGGUCCUUUACCUUUUACCUAUUAUUUCAAAUGAAUAACAUGUCCUUCUUAUGCAAAGAGAGUCCAGGACAGCUUGCAGUCAUAAAAUUACAGGAAAACCAUUUGAUAUAAUAAUUAAAUUGCUUUUAAAUAAUGAUGACAUUUCUUUAGAUCACUGGAAUGAAAAACAGCAUGUGCAAAAGGAGAUGUGUGUCUUUUGUAUAUGUGUGUGCUUGAGAAUUUGUGUGUGCUCAGAGCUGACCCCCAUAAAUAUGCCUCUUUCUGCUGAUGCAGGUGGAUGAAGAAUUCUGCACUUUGCCAGUGAAUAGAGACGAGAGGAAACUCUGGAUCACUCAGGAGGGGAUCAAUAUAAUUCUUCAGGCAUCCUUUGGCCUCACAGUUCUUUAUGAUACCUCUUCCUAUGUCCGUGUGACUGUCCCCAGCACCUACCAGGGACACAUGUGUGGUCUGGGUGGCAAUUUCAAUGGCGACGAGAGGGAUGAUUUCAUGCUGCCUAGUGGGGAAUCUGCACAAACGGUGGAUGAGUUUGGGGCCUCCUGGCAGGUCCCUCUGGAUGGUGCCAUCUGCUCCAAUGGCUGUGGUGAGGAAUGCCCCACUUUUGAUACAGUCCAGACAGCACCGUAUGAGAACGAGGACUCCUGUGGAAUGAUCACAUCCGAGACAGGACCAUUCAAAGACUGCUCCUCAUUAGUAAGCCCCUUGGAUUACCUUAAUCAAUGCCUGUAUGAUUUGACUGCAGCCAAAGGGGAGCAGGAAUAUCUCUGCCGAAGCCUUCAAGCCUAUGCAGCUGCAUGCCAGUCUGCUGGAGUCAAGAUUGGAGCCUGGAGAACAAAGUCCUUCUGUCGUAAGUUGGAUGAAAAGGUUUCUUUAUCUCUGCCUUUUCGGUAGUGAGUCUCUCCAAUACCCAAAGUGGUAUGAGCCUUUGAUUGAGCUAUGUUGGUUUCAGUGCUAUGAGUUUACUUGUCUUCUGCAUUGUUUCGUCAAGCCUUUCUCUCCCACGUAUCUUCUAUCCAUGGAGAGGACACAAAAUAGAUGAGUAUAUUAAAACCCGAUGUGAGGAAUGUUCAGUUCUCAAGAUGUUGCUGCACUAUACCUCCCACCAUCCCCGUGCAUUGGCCAUCCUUUCUGUGUCUGAUGGGCAUUGUAGUGGAGCAACAUCUGGAGAAGGUUCCCCAUCCCUGAUAAGAAGCAACAAAGGAGAAAGGAAAAGUGAGAGUCAGAGCUUUGAGGUUUGGAAGUCUAGAGACAUCUUGCAGGGAUUGCGUACCUCACUGGGUAUCUGAUGAGGGCAGUGGAUUUCCAGCUUUUUACAAAGACUUUGCUAUCUCUGACUUCACCUAUGCUUGACGUGCAUAUUUGUAAAGAAACCCAACUAUUAUUUAAAAGCCAUAAGUCUUUGGUGACCUCUCCUCCAAAGGAAACCUGCUGUUCCUGGAACUUCUCAUAACUUGGGGAAAUGGUGUGUGCAUGUAUAACAACACAAUACAGAGAAUAGAAAAUAGCUGAAAAGAAAUCCUGCUUCUUAAGAAGACUCUUUCCUAUUUUAUGUAAUGAAGAAUGUCUGGUAAACAUGGCUUUGAUUUGUCUUCUCAGCGCUCACCUGCCCAGCCAACAGCCACUAUGAGACUUGCACUGGAUCUUGCGAUUUCACCUGUGCCAGCUUGUCCACUGUUGUGCAAUGCUCAAAGAACUGCUUUGAAGGCUGCCAGUGCAAUGACGGCUACGUGUCUGAUGGGGAUGCAUGUGUGCCUAUGAACAAAUGUGGCUGUGUGCAUAAUGGUCUGUACAUUAAGGUAAGGCCAGCUUUGCUGGUGGAGCAUCAUGAAUGUUGAAUGAAAACUGGUGAGCCUAUGGUACAAGCAUAUGCUGGAAUUAGAUCACUGUCUCUUCCUAUUUCUACAUGUAGAUCUUGGAAUGACAGCGGGCUAAUUUUCACAAAUGAAUAAAAUAAACAACAACAAAAAAGCAGUGUAUUUGAACAUUCAGACUCUUUUCUAGAUCUCAAAGCUAUGUCCCUUUGUCUGGGAUUUCCCUACAGGUUGGAGAGGACAUCUUCUCAAGCAACUGCACGGAAAAAAUAACUUGCAAUGCCACAGGUCAACUUGUUUAUGAGAAAACCAGAUGCCAGGCUGAAGAGAUAUGCACGCUUAGAAAUGGAGUGCGCAGCUGUGAAAGCAAGGAAUACCAGUGCAAACUCACUCCAGGAGCCCAACUCUCUACCUUCGAUGGUGCUUUGCGCAAGUACCUCUGCAGUGGGGUUUAUGACAUUGCCACCGUUUGUGAUGAAAGUGUCCCCUACUGGUUCAGGGUGUCAGUGAGCAUCGGAAAGGACAGUGACGAUGUCUUGGUAGUUGGGAGAGCAGUCCAUGUUUUCUUCCAGAAUGCAUCCAUCACUCUUAAAAGGGACCACAGGACAUGGGUAAGAGAAAGUCAGGAGGAACAGUGUGUUAAGAUCUGAGAGCCAUUAGUAAAAUAUUGGGCUCGAUUGCUGUCCCUUCCCGUUCCUGCACAGCCAGGAAGAGGAAUAAACCUUGAUUCAGUUGUUUGUCCUGCUGUGGCCUCUCAUUAUGUACUAAUUGGGGAUCAAUAUAUUUUUGUUUAAAAAAAAGAUUAUCUCAACUGCAAAACAUGCCAAUUUCAAAUGAUGGAUGAUGAAGCUGGCUUUUUUUAAAUGAAUCUCAAUUCUUGGGAGUGAAAAUUGCAGGUGAAUUUAUUCCUUCUCCUGAAUGAAUGCGGGGAGAAGAGGGUAACACUUCAACAUGAGGCUUAAAAGAUCUGAGCACAGUUUAGGAUUACAUGGGAACUGGUCCAGUGUGGGAGGGAUCUCCUGAUUGUUUAUGCCAGGGCUGUAGAUCCAGAACCGCUGAGAAACCCUCGUUUUUUAAAGAAGCAUUUCUUCUUUAUUGUAAUCAAGUGUUGUCCUUGCUUCCUCAUCCAAUGCAUGGACUGAUGGGGCACCAGCAGAUUCUGUGCCUCAUAGUCGCCCUAUGAUUCUGUGGAAGGAUCUCUAUAUCGUUGACAUUUGCUCUUUUGCUUUGCAGCAGUGUUAAAGCGAAUCAAUGGGGAGAAUUCAUAAUCAAAUAAGACUUUUGUUCUCAGAGCUUUUCAUCUCAUCUCUCCAAGACCAACUUCUUUGGGAAUUCAAAGGCAGCAUCCAUUGGCAGUUUCUCUUCAUUUUAUUCAUUUAAUAUUACCUGAGCUAGAGCAUGCAACUUCCGUUUAUUCAUAACAGGCUCCAGUGUUUUUUGACUUCCAGUUGCAAAGUUUGACAGCCUCUAGGGUGUUCCAUCUGAUAGCAUGCGGGGCUGGCGUGGAUUUUGGUUCUCAGGCUGCUGCUGGCUUCUUGGCCUUCCUCGGUGCCAGAUCUCACGUCCCAAUUUUUAUGUGUUCUAGGUAAAUGGACGCCUGGUAAGGCUGCCAUACAGGAUUUCCCAAGCCAUAUCUGUGAGCGAAAUUCAGGAUGGGAUCCUAAUUAACCAGGCCUCUCAGGUGCAGGUUCACCUUCGCUCUGAUGGGGAGGUGACAGUGGGAGUCAAGAAGACCCUCGCAGGAAAGCUGUGUGCCCCAUGCGGAAACUUCAAUGGGAACAGCUCUGAUGACUUGAAGCUGCCCAAUGGGAUGGUCGAGACAAACAUUGCUGAGCUCCUUCAUGCCUGGGAGGCCAAAGACUUCUAAUAUUAGUAAGAUUGCUGUGACUGUUUUUUUUUUUAAUUAUUAUUAUUAAUAUUAAUAUUAUUAUAUUUUAAUUAAUAUGCCACUUAAUGCAAAGAUGGCUUCAAAGAGAUUUGCCAAACUUAGGCUGGAUCUACACUGACCUGUUUAAUGUUAUUAGAAUGAUUUUAGAUAUGUCGUUCUAAAACAUCACAGGGCAUACUUGUAAAUUAAAGCAUUUUUUAAACCCUUUUUUUGGUCAAAACACUGUCUCCCUACUGCUGGUUGCUCUGCAGUGCCUUCCGGUGUCGCAUUUUAAUAGCACAUUAUGAACAUUAAAAGUAGGACAUCAUAUGUCCAUAUACAUCAUCAAAACCCUUCCUUAACGUGAAAAACCACGAGUGUAGAUCUGCCCAUAAGAAACUACAUUGUACUGCAUCAUUAAAAUAAAGAAUAAUUAAAAAUACACUGUAAUUAAAACCAAAAAGAAUGAUUAGCACAUCUACAAUCUUCAGAUAAAUGGGCUAAUCAUGGACAUUUAUAAUUAACGGGAUUUUUCUUUCUUUUUGGUUUUAAUUAUGGUAUAUUUUUAAUUAUUCUUUAUUUUAAUGAUUAGCAUAUGGAUACCUGCUAAGUGUCCAGGAAAAAACAGGACAUCCCAUUUUUUGUGGGAGAUCGCAAAAGCCAUUUUGGGUGCUGUGAUUUCCCACGCUUUCAUGUUGUGCUCUCAUGCAGCGUCCCAAAAUGCGCUCUGAAAAAGCGCUUUUUCCAGGGUGAGGUUGUGGCAAGGGUCAAGUGACUCACCUGGGAGCGUGUCCCGGAAGAUGCGUGUCCUGGUUUUUGAAAUGAAAAAAAUGAACAGUAUGCAUAUGCAGUGAGGCAAACACAUUAAAACAACGCAGCAAUUAAAGCAAGAGGCCCAGGCAAAGAGAUCAAGGGAAUGCCUGUGUAAACAGGUGUCGUUUGAAAAGAUGGCAGAGUGCCAGUUCAAUUGGGUCUGUCGUAUUUAAGCAGGGAGUUCAUUCCACAAUGACAAUGCAGGCAGUGAAGCCCACCUCCUAGUCAUCACAAGCUGAGAAUUAUUGGGCUAGACAAGUUCCAUUUGUUGAUCUUAAUUCCCUUACCGGGCAACAGAGGGGAAGGACUGAGCCACACUUACCUUUUGCCUUGUGCUUUCCUGGUACAGCUCUGUGCUUUAAAGCUCCAAAACUGAGCUCGCUCUCUCUCUCUCUCUCUUGCCCCAGAGCCUUUCCUGCUUUCACCCAUCCAUCAUCUACUGGAGGAGACUGUUUCAAAGCCCAAACCUAGUCAUGUUUAUUCAGAAUGAUUUCAGCUGGAGUUGCUUUCACAUAUGUAUGUUUAGAGCGGCAGAGCUUGCACAUCACAAUAUGCCUGAAUUUCUGGCUUGUUGUGGUUUAUAUCAAAAAGAGGAUGUGGGUGCCCAUAGCCCAGUCACUCCUGCUUUGCUUUUCCACUGGUGAGAAUGGGGUAAACCAGCCAGAAAGUCUGGGCUUCCUAUUAACGUUCAAAUCAGGGAUUGUGGUUUGUUGCUCCCACGCUUAGUAAGAGAACGACAAGUCAUGGUUUGUAUUUGGCUAGUGGUUGUGGUUUACUGGAGAACAACAAACGAUGAUAGCUGAAUUAGAUGUUAUAGGAAGCCAAUGUUUCCCAGUUUAUUUAUCCUGCUCAAGCCAGCAGAGAGUAAAGUUGGAGCAUUGGGCACCAGAACACCACUUGCUCACAAUAUACCAUGAUGUGAACAUAUCUCUCCCGCACUGGUCUCUACAGCCACAAUGUAUUCCCCUGGGAGUGGGCCCAGCCAGUGCUCAUUGGCCAGCUGGGCCUGACCCCCAGCGAAUGUCCACAGGUUAUUGGUUGGAAGCCCCAUUGUAGCCCACCCAGCUGCCAGAUCACUAGCAUGGCCCGUGGUCUGGUCCCAAAACUGCCCACCUUCAAAGGUGUGCAGACAUGUCAGCAUAAAGACAACCUUUGCUUUUGGACAGUAUAAGCCAAAACAGUAUAGGCACUGUAAGCCAGUGUAUACGAUCAAGCUGUAAGCCUUUUAAAAUCUCCUUUCUUUGUGAACUCCAGAACCGCUGCAUCCUGGAAUGAUUCCAUGCACAUUUCCCACCCUCUUCUCUGACCUGGACCUAUCUCCUGAGUCCAACACACGAAGCAGAGUGAAGGGACGCCAUUUUGUUCAGUGUAAUCACAGGAGCAGUGAAAUUAUUCUAAACAAGUAAACAUCACAUUCUUGCUUGUCUCAGCCCCCUGGAUGCUGCUGUAUGGAAAAGAAGAUUAUUAAUGCUCCUGCAAACCGAAGAAGAAAUUAUCAGAAGCCAUAAAGUUCUCAAACUGUGAACUUACGAGCCAUCCACUGGAAUGGAUAAUGUUGUCCCAAGAACAUCAUUUCUGGAACAUUACGGCAUUUCAAGGGAAAUAGCAAAUAUCUGAAUGCAAUAAAGGAGAAAAGUUAGCCUCCAAACAACAGAAGUAAAAUAGUCUGGAGCUAUUAGUAGCAGUGCAGAAAACUGCAAAGACUUUUAAUGUUUUGUGGUUUUUUUAAAAAAUAAUAAUUUUUAUUUGAUUUUACAAAUUCAUUCACAUCCAAAAUCAAAAAUAAUGAAAAUCACACAAGAUUCUUCCGAAUCUCGGGACUUCCCCCCUCCCCUCCAUGGGUUCUUUGGUUAACUUUUUCAACUCCAUACCAUAAAUCCUCCUAAUUUUCAGGCCUCCAUUGUAUCCAAAGUUUAUGUUACAUUACAAGAGUUAUUUAAGACCUUCCAAAGAGUUCAGAUAUUUACAGUAGUCUGUCAAAUACAAUGUAAAUUUCUCCCAUUCUUUGUUGAAGUUUAGAUCCUCCUGGUUUCUGAUUUUCCCAGUCAUUCUCGCCAUCUCUGCAUAGUCCAGUAGUUUAGUCUGCCAAUCCACUCUGCAGGGACCUUGUCGUCUUUUCAACUUUUAAUGUUUUGGGUCAUCUUGGGGCCCCAAGGCCUUCAGCUGCUUUGUUCUGAUUUUCCACAAAAAUAACCCAUGACAGCAAAUUGCCUGCUAAAUAAUUACCACUGUUCGCAAACAGGCUGUAAUUCCAUUUUUAAAAAAUCAUUGCUAAAAACUUAAUCAUUUUUAUUAACUGUAUUUGCAUACAAGAAACAACAGAUAGUUUUAAAAGGUGUUUUAGUUUCAGAAGAUGCAUGGACCUCAAAAGAGGUAUUCCCUUCCAUCUGGGAGAAGCAGGCAGACAUCUGCUGAGGCGAUGCCUGCCACCUAUAGAUUUAUUGGACUUAGAUUAAAAAUAAUUAACAUUUUAAACUCUUUUUUUAAAUGGCAUGAUUAAUUGGAGGCACAUUCUUAAUUCAACAAAUGUGUUGUGAAUACCUCCACAUGUGGUGGGAGUGCCCCAAAAUCCAACUCUUCCGGCCAUCAAUCAUACAAGAAAUAUGCAAAAUAACUAAGCAAGUAUUAGAAAUCACCCCAGAACUGGCCCUACUAAACAUCCCACUCACAUCACAAAGAGCUCAUAACCCACCCACUCUCAGCACCCAGAAGCAUCAUAUGCAGACACUGGAGAGACCUGUCAGGAGUAAGCAUGGAUCAAUGGUAUCACAUAGUAUGGGAAACAGCCUUAUUAGAAAAACUAACCAACAAACUGAAACUGCCACAGGGACAAAUAGACAACAAGACAACAACAAGAAACCGCCAACAGCAUACAAAUCAAUCUGGCUAAACUGAUCCAAACACACACACACACACACACACACACGCACACAUACACGAAAACAAAUUUCACUACAGCCAAUCAAAGACAACCAACCACACACUAGGCCUAGGCCACCCUCAACCUCUCUCAUCACCAAAGAAAUACAACAAGCGAAUAGUAAAGAGAAUCCACACAAGUGACGCUGACACAAAACACCACACAUACACUAAGUAGAAUAGAAACAUUGCCACCAACCCCACCCAACUCUCAUUCCCCCUCCACCUCUUUCCCCCUUUUCUUCCUAAUGUAACACUAAUGUCUCACAGCAAAUGAAACUGAUCUGUAGAAAAUGCAACUUGAAAAAAGAGACAAAUGCACAUACUUUUGUAAACUAAGAAAUCUUU